GCGAAGAAGUUUUUUGAGUUUCACUUUCACAUGUCUCUGGACUGUCUACUUGAUGAAAAUUUGCGUUUACCACAUUACGUCAUUGUAUCGAUGCUUGAUUGUAGUUUCAAAAGUCGAAAGCUUUACAUUUUACCAAAAAUGAAGGGCUAAAAAUUUGUUUCGUCAUUUGUUCCCGCCCCUUCUAAAUCGGGAAUAAUAACGUGUUUAAAUAUUUUAGAUUAAGUCAAUCUAAUUAUAAAGUAAUGUGUCUUGUAUAAAAGACACAGAAAUUGAAUCAACUAAUAUGGCUCUCUGGAUAUUUAUGUUACUUUUUCUUGGAAUAUCUGAGGCAAGCUCUUUUGGAGAAAACACUGAUUGUUUUGAAGAAUGCUAUGCUAAUAUCUUAACUAAACAGUUACCGAAACUUCUAGCUCGAAAUGAAAAGACGUUUACCAAAGAAAUGAAAGAAGACUUCUACGCUUGCGCAGAGAGAGAAAUGAAACGCUGCGGUUGGUGGGAUUUCGGCUCUUCAAAGGAGACACAAAGCGUUUGUGAUUCCGUUGCUGGAUGUACUGAAGGAGAAGAUGAGACAGGAAAUAAAUACAGUUUCCUGCAUUGCCUGGAUGAGCACAGGCCUGAUUUAGUCGUAUGCUACGCCAACUAUAUACUCGAAUUUAUGGAAGCUGUAGUAAAAGGAGAAAAGAUUCAAGAGCCUGAGGAUGUCUAUAUGUGCAGUUUUGUGAAAUCGAUUAUGCCUUGUUUCAGAGAAGUAAGUAUCCAAAAAUGCGGAAAAGAUGGAACAGAAUUAUUCAAAAAGGAAUUUGGACGAAAUUUACCUAAACAUGUAAUGGAUUCCUGUCCUAUUUGAUAUAAAAUUAGCAUUUAUGGAAUUCUUAUUAAAUAUUUUUUUAAAUAAAACGAAACAAUGUUUGAA